UACGAAAGAGGAUCUUCGCGAAUGGGGACGACGUUGUACUGCUCCUGCGCGUCUCCGGCGGCCGUGCCGCCGUCGCUCAUCGUCCGCCGUCGCUCCGGUGGGACGGGAUGGGCGGUCUUCUCUCCUUCUAUGAAGUCCGUGAAGGCUCCGAGCCUAGUGGUCAGGGCAUCGAUAGUGGAUUCGCAUGAGAGCUCCUCGGAUUUCGCCAAGCGGAUGGAGCAGGCCUGGCUCAUCUCCCAACAACCAGGGCCGGUCGCUUGUUCUUCUUGUGAAUCAAAUGGAUAUGUCGAGUGCAAAUGGUGUCGAGGCACAGGUUUCUUCAUCCUCGGCAACAAUUUGCUGUGUGAAGUACCCUCAAGGAACACUACUUGUGUCAUAUGUGCAGGGAAGGGUUCUGCAUGUUGUCCCGAUUGCAAAGGCACAGGUUUUCGCGCGAAAUGGUUGGGCGAUCCACCACCACCGCCACCUCCUCCUACUCACCAGUGAAGCUUUUUCUAUCCUCCCGUAUCCUCGUUUUUGGAUUGAUUUAUAUUGCCAAUAUAAGCUUGCAAAUUCACUUUUAGCACUUAUAUUUACACACACACAUAUAUUUUUGCUUUGAUUUAUAUUUAUGAAUGAAUACUAGAUAUGUACCACUCAGGCCUCAUUCAUUCAUAUACAAAAAAAAAAAAAAUA